AUGGCCCUUGAAGCGGAGGACAAACUUGAGGAGGUCCAUGAGGAGCUCCUAACAUGGGCCAGUUCUAUCGGCGUCGAAGUCAACAGCAUUCGUCCCAUGAGGAUCUCUGGCCUCGUGGCAACUGACCACAUACCCAAAGGCACCGACAUUCUCACAGUCCCAGUCUCAGCCCUUCGGACAAAAGAUACAGUGCCCGCAGCGAUUGUUGCAGGCCUUCCGAAGGAUUUCACCGUCCACGGUUUGCUCGCUGCGGAUCUUGCCCUCAAUAAGGCCGCAAAUGAGACCAAGUAUAGCAAGUGGCAAGCAGUCGUGCCCACGGAGGAAGACAUCCAGCUGUCAAUGCCACUCACCUGGCCGCCCUCCCUUCAGUCUCUCCUCCCCGCCGGCGCUAGCCAACUCCUAGAAAAACAGAGGGCCAAAUUCGAAAAGGACUGGAACACCGUUUCCGCGGCCUUCCCCAUCGAAAGCAAGAGCAAGCGCAGCGCGCCAAGCAAGGAGUGCACGAGGGACGAGUACCUGCAUGCCUGGCUACUGGUCAACACGCGAACGUUCUACUUCGUCACGCCCAAGACGGAGAAGCUGCCCAAGGAGGACCACAUGGCGCUGCAGCCGGUCGCGGACCUGUUUAACCAUACCGACCAGGGCGGCUGCCACGUCGCGUUCGACCACGCCGACUCGUUCACGUUCCGGACCACACGGCCGUACGAGAAGGGCGACGAGGUCCACAUCAGCUACGGGUCACACAGCAACGACUUCCUGCUCGUCGAGUACGGUUUCGUGCUCGCCCGCAACCACUGGGACGAGGUCCACCUCGACGACGUCAUUCUGCCUGCGCUGACGAGGCUGCAGAAGGAGGAGCUGGAGGACGUCGGGUUCCUCGGGAACUACGUCCUCGACAACGACACGGUCUGCCACCGGACACAGGUGGCUCUGAGGCAGAUGGCUGUGACGGGCAGGUAUGGCGGCCUGCCCAUUGAUGAGUGGCGGAAAUUCGUCAGCGGGCUUGACGAUGGCGAGAAAAGCCAGGCGAAGGUGGACGCGCUGGCGGUGGGCCUAUUGGAAAAGUAUGAGGUUACGAUCAAGACCAAGGAAAAGGACCUAAGAAAACUGAGGUUCCAAGAGGAAGACGGAGAUGCGGACAUGAAUGAGAGUCGGAGGGAGAUUCUGCUAAGGCGCUGGGCCCAGAUACGGGAUUUGGUUACGGCCACGAUCGAGCGUCUAGAGAACGAGUGA